AUGGCCUCAUUCAAAAGUCCCGCGCUGGCCAGCUUCGCGUCCCUGACCGCCGCCCUCUCCAAAAUCCCCUCACAAAACCGAGAUGCUCUCCAAGAGCUCUCAGGAGAAGCCUCCGCCCUCAUCACCGCCUCUGAUGCCCUUCACGUUUACGAGAUCGGAGGAGAGCCAGACGACCUUGUCUUGCUCACGGUCCAAAUCGAGUGGCUGAAGAAACAUCCUCGGGAAGAUCAUAGGGGCACUAAGGUCCCAGCGGGUGCUAUCUUCCUGGCAUCAAACCGAAAUCGAUCCUUCGGCCGCGUCGUUGAGCAACUCGAGCACCUUACCAGCGAAAGUCCUCAACGCCAUCUCGCCGGCCACGUCGCACUCUUCGGCCCCUUCGCCGUCGUCCGCACCGCCGACUCCACCGCCCAAACCCCCAAUCUCUCCGCCCUCCAAACCGCCACAAAAAACAUCACCACCACCCUUUCCCAACUCUCUAAGCUCACCCACACCGCAAAAUACGUCUGGCACCACGGGCCCUACCUCCGCUCCCUCACCCACUUCAUCGCCAACACCACCCCCGCCAUCCGUAACGCCCUCCUCGCCCUCACCGUCUGCGCCGCCAUCACCUCCCUCGACGCCCACGCUCCCAACACCCCCGCCGACUGGCGCACCCUCGAAACCUACGCCCGCCGCCUCCGCCUGCCCAUCAUCCUCAUCUCUCCGGAUACCAUCCCCCUGCAGUACACCUACCUCAACCAUUUGCUCAAGAACUUCGGCGAGCUCGUCCCCGCCCUCUUCCCCGCGUCCGUGUAUACCGAGAACGUCAACCACCACCUCGACCUCGCCCACGUCCUCGUCUACCGCGUCGCCGCGGCCGCCGCGCACCGCCACUCACGCGCCGUCGCCAGCAAAGUCGCCGCCGCGCUCCCCGCGCACCACGCAGGCGUGUGGCCGAAGGCGUGUAUCCGCCCGGAAGCCUACCCGCCGGAGCGGUGUCGCAUGAAGCGCGCGCUGGCCGCCAUGAAGCCGCUCGCGUGGUACACGGACAUGGGCAUGAUGCCGCUGGGGUCCGCGCAGGGCAGCACGGCCGCGCUCGCACGCGUACUGCUGGGUCCAGGCCGCCCGACGGACGACGCGACGCUGUGCGUGCCGGUCGAGAUCGCGGCGCGGGGCGGCCGCGCGUUUAGGAUCUCCAGCGCGGGGACGUUCUGCGUGUAUACGCUGAAUCGGAUUGGUGAUGGGGGGAAGGGGGGUGGGGUUCCUGAGGCACUGUAUCACGCGCUCGUGACGAAGGCGGUGCUGGGGGGCGUGGAGGGGUUUGUGAAGGAGUUUUAUGAGAGGGGGAAGAACGAGUGGGGGUAUCAGCGCGAGGGGCUCGGCCAGGUGCCGGACGGGGUGGCGGUGAUGUGGGGAGAGGUGUAUCAGGGGCUGAUUCAGCAGUUGAGGGGGCUGGCGCAGGGGGAGGCGGGGCAGGAGUGGGCGGAGGAGGAGCGGCGGGAUGUGCAGAGUGUGGUCAAGGCGCUGGGGACGGGGAGUUUUACGACGGCGGUCGUGGGGGUGUUGAGGAAGAGGGAGAGGAGGGGGAAGGGGAAUGGGUGUUGGAUUAGUGGGUAG